AUGAAGAUGACGACGAUACGGGAUGCAGAGCUGGCGCCCCUUGUGGGUCCCUUCUACGCGGGCAGUACUGGCAGCAAUGCCUCCAUGAAAGGCAUCUACCGAUGUGCGGGCUGUGGCGGUUCGAACGCCUCGGUGCGAUGCACGGGGUGCGUGCGCAAGGGCGGCGACGGCGGUGGCCAUGGCUGCGGGACGGGCGUGGCAGGUCGCCUGUGCAACUGCCGCCAGCGCUACCACUACGCCUGCGCGGCCGAGGCGGGCCUCAUCCGCUCCGGCGCCCACCAGCCCCACGAGUUCCUCUGCCCCAACCCGCACUACGCCCUACCCACCACCAUCAACACCUCUUCAACUUCAUCUUCUUCUAGUGAGCAGCUGCUCAUGUCGCCCAGCGGGAGGAAGAGGCGACGCGAGGGCGAACAAGAGGAGGUCGAGGCCCUGGAGAGGGAGCGGGAGGCCCUACGCGCCAGCGUGCUCGAAAAGGAGCGCCUCUACGCCAAAGUCUACGCCGAGCGCGCCGAGCUGGUCGAGCGCCUGGACCUCAUGGCCGACCGCGCCCAGGAGGCCCAGGCCCGCGCCGCGCAGCUCGAUCGCGAGCUCGACCACCUCCGCCACGAGGCCGCCGACCAACACGCCACCGCCGCCGCCUGCGAGGAGCGCCUGCGCGCCAAGCUUGCCGCACGCAAGGCCGAGCUCGCCGCACUCCGCGACCAGGCCCACGCCGGCAACAACGACGCCGGCGACGACGACAACGACGAGCGGGUGAAGGAGCUCGAGGCCCAGCUGGCCACGAUGCGCGAGGAGAAGGCCGAGCUGGCGCGCGAGCUGGACGAGGCGCGACGGAGCGAGGAGGAGCUGCGCGAGCGUGCAGAGACGGCCGAGGACGAGCUGGAGGAGCGCGAGUGCCGCGCGGACGAGCUGGCCCUGGCGCGCGACGAGCUGCAGGACCGGCUGGACGAGGCCGCGGCCGAGGCCCAGAGGCUGGCCGACGCCCACCGACGCGAGACCGACGCCCUCCGCCGCGAGCUGGAGGAGGAGACCGCCGCGCUGCGCGAUCAAAUAGAGGCCCUGCGCGAAGGCCACGACGACGUCGCCCGAGACCAUCGGGAGGCCGAGCGGGCCUGGGCCGCCGAGCGCGACGCCCUCCAGCGCGAGAAGGACCAGCUGCAGCGCGAGAGGGAUGAGCUGCAGGAGGAGCUCCGCCUCUCCCUCCGCGCCGCUCGCGAGUCUGUCGAUGCCGUCUCGCCCCAGGAGGAGGAGGAGGAAGAGGCACACAAAGACGACGACGAGGAGGACGUUGACGCCGACGCGGACGCCGAUGAGGAAUGGCAGGAGACGAAGGCGACAGAGGCGGAGGAACAGGAGGAGGCGGAGUUCACGCGCGACGAGCUCGAGGUGGAGACCGCACCGCAGGAGGAGGAGGAGGAGAACGAAGAGGAGCUCGCGGCCGCUUCUCCGGAGGCGACCGCCGACUCCAAUGGCGACCAUGGCGAAGACGCCAACCCUCACGAGGAGGGCGACGACGACGAGGAGGAGAGCGUGAUCAUGGUGGACGUGAAGGAGGAGGAGGACGACGACGAGCCGACUCGGCCCGAGUCCCACCACGAGGAGCACGAGGCGGAGGCCACGCGGUCGGUGGACCACCCGGCGGGACUCGAAGAGGAGGUGGUGUCGGCGACCCGUGAAGACGAGGCCCGCGAGGAGCCCCAGGCCGCUGCCACCACCGGCCAAGACAACGAGGCCGACGACCAUGCGGAGCUCCGCUCGGGCGAGGCGGCGGGUGCGGAGCUCCAGGACGAGGAGGCGUCCGAGCAGCCGGUCGUGGACCACGACGCCGCCGAAGAGCAGCAGCAGCGCCCGGAGGACGGCGAGGAGGACAAAGCGGUGCAGGUGGCGAGCCACGACGAGGAGCGCCUCCCCGCCUCCGACGAAGUCGCUACUCCGCAGCAGCAGCAGCAGCAUGAGGAGGGGGAGGAGGAGGCAGCCGUGGUGGUGCCUGCCCGGCCUGAUUCUGACGACGAGGCUCCUCCGGCCACCGCAGCAAGCGAAGAAGAGCACCAGGCAGCGGAGGUGGUGCCCGCGGUGGAGGACGUGGCCUCCGAGGCGGUCGAGCCCGAGGUGCCCAACAAGGAAGCGGCACCAAAGAUCAAGGCGGAGCCCAAGGAGGAGGAGGCGCGCGUGGGCGAGGCAGCGAAGAGCGGCCCCGCCGGUGGUGGCGCCUCGUCGCCGCCGACCCCGGAUGCGGCCACCAAGCGUGGCAGGAAGGGGCCGAGGGGGAAAGAAGAGGAACAGCAAGCAGCAGGGGAGCGGGUUGGCCGGGUUGGUGUAGUCGCACGAGACGUCAACGACGACGGUCAGCGGGCGGUCCUGGAUGGCGCCCAGCUGCUCCUUGGUGACGAAGGGCGGGAUCGCGCCCAUGAGGUAGAUGCAGUUCACGAAGAUGUGGUGGUCGGCGAUCUCCGCGAACGGGCCGCCGCGGCUCGUCUCGGCCAUGUCCCACUCCGUCACGCCCUCCACGCCCGCCUCCUUAAGGAAGUACAGCGCUCCGCUGCCGCACCGACCUGA